AGUAUUUACGUGGUUCCAAAGUCAAAUCUACAAAACAAGGUAUAUACAAGGGAGCUUCAUUUCUAUCCUUUUUUCUUCUUCUGUGUUCCCCCUCCCUCACCUUAUAGGUAUCCAUUAAAAAAAAAAUGUUAUGGGCUGUCCUACCAUUGUUUUUUCAUCAGCAAAUACAUAUAUGUUUAUGUCCUUCCUUCUUUUAAAUAAGCGGGUUUUUCCUUAUGUGGCCUGUUUUCACCGGCCCCAUUUUUUUGUGUAUGUUCUGGUGUUUAGAAAGGAUCAUGUUUUGGUCCUAGUGCUUACCUUUCUACGCAGCCUUUACACAAGGCCCCGCUCCCCUCCUGUUUGCUUGUUGUCUGUCGGUUUGCCAUAUGAGCAAUAUUGAAAUGAGCAGGGAGCCUCUUCCCUCUCCUCCCCAGCUCUGCUGCCGAUUGAAGUGAUGAUCCUUGCACUCUCUGGGAACAUUUCCAAAUCUCCAAAACAAGUACAUUUUGUGUAGAGACACAUGCAUGAGCCAAAAUUGACUAAGAUGGGAAAUCAUAGCCCAUUAAUGAGUUUUGGAGCCAGCUUUGUCAGUUUUUUGAAUGCCAUGAUGACAUUUGAAGAAGAAAAAAUGCAGGUGGCAUGUGAUGACUUAAAAACUACAGAAAAGCUGUGUGAAAGCGAAGAGGCUGGAGUCAUUGAAACAAUCAAGAAUAAAAUUAAGAAGAACGUUGAUGUCCGAAAAUCUGCCCCCUCUGUGGUUGAUCGGCUUCAGAGGCAGAUAAUCAUAGCUGACUGUCAGGUUUACCUGGCGGUGCUUUCGUUUGUAAAACAGGAAUUGUCAGCCUAUAUAAAAGGUGGGUGGAUCCUUAGGAAGGCCUGGAAGAUUUACAAUAAAUGCUAUCUGGACAUCAAUGCCCUUCAGGAGCUGCAUCAGAAGAAGCUAACUGAAGAGUCCUUGCCUUCUGAUGCUGCAAAUGAUAAUCACAUUGUGGCUGAAGGGGUGUCUGAGGAGUCUCUAAACAGACUGAAAGGUGCUGUUAGCUUUGGAUAUGGCCUUUUUCACCUUUGCAUAUCCAUGGUGCCCCCAAACCUGCUCAAAAUCAUCAACCUGCUGGGUUUUCCUGGAGACCGCCUACAGGGGCUUUCUUCACUGAUGUAUGCAAGCGAAAGUAAGGACAUGAAGGCCCCUUUAGCUACGUUAGCGCUGCUCUGGUACCAUACCGUGGUCCGCCCGUUUUUUGCCUUGGACGGCAGUGAUAACAAAGCAGGCCUGGAUGAAGCUAAGGAAAUUCUCCUCAAAAAAGAAGCUGCUUACCCCAAUUCUUCCCUCUUCAUGUUUUUCAAGGGACGGAUACAACGAUUAGAGUGUCAAAUCAACAGUGCCUUGACUUCUUUCCACACUGCUUUGGAACUUGCAAUCGAUCAGAGAGAAAUUCAACAUGUGUGUCUGUAUGAAAUUGGUUGGUGCAGCAUGAUAGAGCUCAAUUUCAAGGAUGCAUUUGAUUCCUUUGAGAGGCUAAAAAACGAAUCCAGGUGGUCCCAGUGCUAUUACGCCUACCUGACUGCAGUGUGUCAGGGAGCCACCGGUGACGUGGACGGGGCACAGAUUGUCUUUAAAGAAGUUCAGAAACUCUUCAAAAGGAAAAACAAUCAGAUUGAACAGUUCUCGGUGAAAAAGGCAGAGAGAUUUCGGAAACAAACCCCAACCAAAGCGCUCUGUGUGUUGGCUUCCAUCGAAGUGUUGUACUUGUGGAAAGCUCUUCCGAACUGUUCCUUCCCCAACCUACAGAGGAUGAGUCAAGCUUGCCAUGAAGUGGAUGAUUCAUCUGUCGUUGGAUUAAAGUAUUUGCUUCUUGGUGCCAUACACAAAUGUCUAGGCAACUCAGAAGAUGCUAUUCAGUUCUUUCAGCGAGCUGUUAAAGAUGAGUUGUGUCGUCAGAAUAACUUAUACAUUCAGCCGUAUGCCUGCUAUGAACUUGGCUGUCUUCUACUAGACAAACCAGAGACUGUAGGAAGAGGCAGAGCUCUUCUUCUUCAAGCAAAGGAGGAUUUCUCUGGCUACGACUUCGAAAACAGAUUGCACGUCCGCAUCCAUGCUGCUCUGGCCUCUCUGAGGGAACUGGUUCCUCAGUGACAGACCCGGCGUGCCCGCUCUGUUCCUCCCCACCCAGGGUCUGCACUUUAAAAUAAAAGCAGAGGACAAAGCUCUUGUGAAGAUCAGCUUUUCUUCUGAAAACCACCUGUGCCAGGCACACAUUUUCCCAGUUAAGCUGACAUAUUAAAGAUCUCCUCUUUUAAACAUAUAGCUAAAAAGUAAUAAUGGUGAUGAUGAUGAUAAUAACUAACCACCUGGGGAGUGGGUUAAGUGACCUUGUUCAAACAUUUUAGUUUUGUGAUUUAUUAUUUUUAAAAUAAAAUCAAACUAAAUAUUCAACCUAUGAUCUUGGAGGAACGCCUACCUUAAGCACAUAUCUGAAUGGGUAACGUUACGAGGUAAUAAUUGUAAAAUUAUUAACAGUAUCAUGAUAUAGCAUUUAUAUUGUGUUUUGAAAAAAUAAAAGUGCUUUCUAGUGUUUUACUUUAUCCUCAGCAUAGUCCCGUGAAUCAUGUAGCACAGACGUUCUUAUCCCCAUUUUACAGGUGAUGAAACUCAGGCACAAAAAGGCUAAUUGGCUUAUCCCAAUUAAUUAUUCCUAUUAUCAGCAGAGCAAUGAAUAGAGAGCAGAUUUCCUGACCACCAACUAAAUAUUCUUUUAUUGUAAAAAUAAUACAAGUUAAUAACCCAGAAUUCCAUGUUUUACUUAAAUAACAAACACUCUUCAGCUGAAGUUGUAUCAUCAAAAAUAUUCAUCUCCAGCUUGUCCAUUUUGUAAAAUGUUUCAAAAUGAUGAACAUUUAUUUUCCUUUGAAAGCCAACCAAGUAGGAGCAAAUAGGAGAUAAUUUUACAACCAAAAGUAUAACCCUUUUGCUAAUCUAUUAGAAACCCUAGUCUAUAGAUUAGGCAAAAAAUACUACAUUUUAGGUGUUUUGCUUUCUUUGUGAAAAUUGUCUAAUUACCAACUUUUGGAAAUCUUUUAACAAUUACUUGAAAAGGCUAUUCUUGAAUGAACAUAGAUUUUUUUGCCUCAAAAUAUUUGAUGGUGAAACAUUUGCUGGGCUGUAUAUUGCCAAGCUUGAAUAAUUUUUCCCUUAGCUCAGGUUAUUAAAUAUUAUAAAAGGAAUUCAAAGGUAUUUUUUUAUCCUUCAUUGCUGAUUUUUACUGUCAUUUAAUUUACCUACAUGCCCAGUACUGCACACCUGUGGUUUUGAAGAAUCUAAAUACCUCAGUCACUAUUAAGAAUCUCUGCUCAAUCUUAAGGUUAGAUUUUUACCAAUUUUGUAUUGAGCUAAAGGAUAUUGUUUUUGAGUAUCAUUUAUUUACUUACCUUUUUGGCUGAAGCACUGUCUCAUGAUGUUAGUAUUUUAAUUUUUCUUUUCAAAAUAAAACAUGAGAAAAGCAGCUAUAACAUUGGCAAAUUUAAUCUGAUUUAAUCAUUUUGUGAGGGAAUGAUCAUUUCUUUGAAAGAAGUUUUUAUUUCUGACUGACUUUAGCUAAACUAUAUUCAUGUUUCCUCAUCUGUUACCACUUCUUAGUGGACUAUUUCCGAAGUGUUUAUUCACGUUGACUUUCUUUCUGAUUUGAAUUCUGUGUGGAUUUUAGGUGAUAGUGAGAAAAGAUUGCUUUCCUACAUUCAGAGAAUGAAUACAUCCAAAAGCCAAAAAGAGAACAUUUUUCUGAAGAGAAAUAUUAGUGUCCAAACAUAUUGAUACCUGGACUCAUCUAGGCAUCAUUGAUACCUGGAUUCAUCUAGACUGAAAGGAAUAACAUUAUGAAUGUUUAAAAUAUGGCUUCAGCCAUCUUGUUCUCUUCUUAAUCUACAAUGUAGGUGACAAACUUUUCUGUUGUGCUUGUGGAAUAUUCCGAAUCAUGAAGUUCUUGCUUCAGGGUUCAUUCUUUCUUGAAUUUCCAGUUCAAAUAUUGUUUGAACUAUCAUUCCAUAUUCAAAGAUUACAUAAGGUCCUGUGCUUUUGAAUUUUUAAAAAUCGAUCUCUGCCUGCUUAAAAAAUUUACUUUUAUUUCCCCAUAGAGAUUUCAGGAUUUCCAAUAAGUUUGUGUUCAGCUCGUUGAACUGGAUAGACAACUUUGCAACACCAUCCAGUAGGUUUUUCUUUACUAGUCAAAGCAUAGAUCUGUUUUAAAACAAUCUAUCCUAGGCUUGGUACAGACAGCUCUGGUGGUGCGUCUGUGCUAACAUGGCGGCAGACCAUGGAGAGUGGGUAGAUGGCGAUUCUGGACUCCACAGGGUGAGUACACUGUACCAUUAGGCUGACUGAAGUCUGAGUACCUUUUGAGUUGAGUAAUUCUAACAGUUAUCUGGCCUGCGUGCUAUGACUCAUCCAACCUGUGCACUGAUUGUGAUCUGCCUGGUAACUUGGUUUGGUGUAAACUGCUCUUUACCCCUUGCUGAAGAAGAAAAUAAUCAUAUAAGUGGAACUA